GCCGCUGGUGUCAAGCGGAAGAUGGCGGCGUCCAGGGGAGGCUGAGGGCUCUGGGGAGGUUGUGAGAGGUUUCCGUACAAUCGGAGCGUGCGGCUUUGGGAAUCCCUUCGCUCAGUUUCCUGCUCUCAGGUUUCCCGCCGGUUGACCCCCAGGCUCUCGGGCGCGAUGUGGAGGAGCUGCCUCCGGCUGCGGCACGCCGGGCGCCGCCUCCUGAACCGGCCCCGGGCUGCCCUCACCGCGUCCGCGGGGCGGGAGCCAAACCCACUGACCCCUGCUCGGGCCUACGCGCCCCCAACAGAAAGGAAGAGGUUUUAUCAGAAUGUCAGCAUCACACAGGGUGAAGGUGGCUUUGAGAUAAACCUGGACCACAGGAAGCUGAAAACUCCCCAAGCCAAGCUCUUUACUGUCCCCAGCGAGGCCCUGGCCAUCGCGGUGGCCACUGAAUGGGACUCCCAGCAGGACACCAUCAAGUUCUACACCAUGCACCUGACCACACUGUGCAACACAUCUUUAGACAACCCUACCCAGCGGAACAAGGACCAGCUGAUCCGUGCAGCUGUGAAGUUUCUGGACACCGACACUCUCUGCUACAGGGUGGAAGAACCAGCGACAUUAGUUGAACUACAGAAGAAUGAGUGGGACCCAAUCAUAGAAUGGGCCGAGAAAAGAUACGAUGUGGAGAUCAACUCUUCCACCAACAUAAUGGGGCCCAGCAUCCCGGCCAGGACUCGGGAAGUGCUCAUCAGCCACCUGGCAUCUUACAACAUGUGGGCCCUACAAGGGAUUGAAUUUGUGGUGACCCAGCUCAAGUCCCUGGUGCUGACCUUGGCCCUGAUGGACCUGCGCCUGACCGUGGAGCAGGCCGUGCUGCUGUCCCGCCUGGAGGAGGAGUACCAGAUCCAGAAGUGGGGCAACAUCGAGUGGGCGCAUGACUACGAGCUGCAGGAGCUGCGGGCGCGCACGGCCGCCGGCACCCUCUUCGUCCACCUCUGCUCCGAGAGCACCACGGUGAAGCACAAGCUCUUGCAGCAGUGAGCCCGGGCCCUCGGGGCCUCUGGCGUUGGCGUCGCUCUGCUGUGCCCCCCUGGGACCCAGAGUGGCUGCGGAGGUUGGCUUGAGUCCAGGCCCCACGCGCUUGCCCCUGCCGGCAACAACGAGUGAGCCGGACAAGCGGACAAGCAUACAAGCGGCUUUCUCUCCAGCGGGUUUUUGUUUGUUUAUUUUUUUAAGCGGGUUUUAUUAAAUACCUCUCUGUCCCGGAAA